AUGGACGCAUUCGAGUACAACGCAAACCCCGGCCGCGUCGUCUUCGGCAGCGGCACUCUACAGAAACUCCCCGAUGAGAUCGCCCGCCUGGACAAAAAGGCUCCCCUGGUGCUCUCCACUCCGCAGCAGGUUAGCCAUGUCGAGCGAGUGAAAGAGGUCCUGAAGGGCCAGGUCGCUGGUGUCUUCACGGAAGCGACCAUGCACACCCCGACCAACAUCACGGACAAGGCUGUGGAGUAUGCAAAGGCGCAGAAUGCCGAUGUGGUUGUUUCUAUCGGUGGUGGGAGCACCAUUGGUCUGGGCAAGGCGAUCAGUAUCCGCACUGGCAUCUACCACAUCUGUAUCCCGACUACAUAUGCUGGAAGCGAAAUGACCCCGAUUCUUGGUGAAACGGCCGAUGGAUUGAAGAAGACUCGCUCCGAUCCCAAGAUCCUCCCUGGGACCGUUAUCUACGAUGUUGAUCUUACCAUGACGCUACCGACGGGGAUGAGCGCGACGAGUGGUGUCAAUGCAAUUGCCCACGCUGUCGAGGCUUUAUACGCCCGCAACACAAACCCCGUCAUCAACCUGAUGGCUCUAGAGGGCACCCGCGCGCUGGCCUCUGCUCUGCCAGAGAUCGUCGAGAACCCAUCUUCUCAAUCAGCCCGUUCGCUAGCUCUGUACGGCGCAUGGCUCUGCGGAACCUGCCUCGGAAGCGUGGGCAUGUCCAUCCACCAUAAGCUCUGCCACACCCUCGGCGGCAGCUUCAACCUCCCCCAUGCGGAAACCCACACAGCUGUCCUGCCGCACGCGAUCUCAUACAAUGCGCCUAAUAUCCCUGAGGCGAUGAAGAAGCUGGCCGAAGUACUGCCCGAGAGCAACGGCGAUGCAAUCCACGGGCUAAACGUCCUGCUCACCAAGCUGAAAGUGAAGCGCGGCACCAAGGACUUCGGUAUGAAGGAGGAAGACAUUGACAAGGCGGCUGACAUUGCUGUCGGCAACCCGUACUGGAAUCCCAGGGAGAUUCAGCGCGCUCCGAUCCGGGAGCUGAUUCGGAGGGUGUGGGCUGGCGAGCCAGCGAAGGCUGACCUGUAA